GGGCGCUGUGGGGGCGGCUCCGCCGCAGUCCCGACUCCCGCCGCUUCCUCCCGCCGCCCCUCCCCGCCAGUCCCGGCGAACGCGGCCGGGCCCUUGGGAACCGAGUCUCGGCGCCACCGGGGAACGGGCGCGGGCCGCGCCACAGCCGGAGCGGGGCAGGGCCCCGCCGCCGCCUUCUUCCGCCGGCUCCGCCGCCGGCCAUGCAUUCUUCCGGCUCCUCUGACUCCCAAAGCCCCGGCCGGGGCCCGGCCAGCCCGAGGCAGUCGCGAGGGGAGUAGGGCGCCAGCGCGCCCGCUCGCGCCGCUCCUCGGGCCGCCUGGGUCGCCGCCGCGUCCAUGACCGCGACCCCUCGGCGGGGGACACCCGCCCCCGCGCUCCGCAGCCGCCCGCCGUCCGCGCCCGCCGAGAAAGACAGGACGGAGUCCAAUGUGAGAAUGGCUAUGACUUUGGAAGAAGCUCCGUGGCUGGGCUGGCUCUUGGUGAAAGCACUGAUGAGGUUUGCCUUCAUGGUCGCCAACAACCUGGUUGCUAUUCCAUCCUACAUCUGCUAUGUAAUUAUACUCCAGCCCCUUCGAGUGCUGGACAGUAAGCGGUUCUGGUAUAUCGAAGGAAUCAUGUAUAAAUGGCUUUUAGGAAUGGUGGCUUCCUGGGGAUGGUAUGCUGGAUAUACAGUGAUGGAAUGGGGAGAAGAUAUUAAAGCAGUUUCAAAAGAUGAAGCAGUGAUGUUGGUGAAUCAUCAGGCAACAGGAGAUGUGUGCACACUGAUGAUGUGCCUCCAGGACAAAGGACUGGUUGUUGCUCAGAUGAUGUGGUUGAUGGAUCAUAUUUUUAAGUACACAAACUUUGGAAUUGUUUCUCUGGUCCAUGGAGACUUCUUUAUAAGACAGGGAAGAUCUUAUCGUGACCAACAGCUGCUGCUUCUCAAGAAGCACUUAGAAAAUAAUUACAGGAGCAGAGAUCGAAAAUGGAUUGUUUUGUUUCCAGAAGGGGGCUUCCUCAGGAAGCGGCGAGAAACAAGUCAGGCAUUUGCCAAGAAAAAUAACUUGCCAUUUCUUACAAAUGUUACUCUGCCAAGGUCUGGGGCAACAAAAAUUAUUUUGAAUGCACUUGUAGCACAACAGAAAAAUGGAAGUCCAGCAGGAGGAGAUGCUAAAGAAUUAGACAGCAAAUCAAAAGGCCUCCAGUGGAUAAUAGAUACGACGAUAGCUUAUCCCAAAGCUGAACCUAUAGAUAUUCAAACCUGGAUCCUUGGAUACAGGAAACCAACAGUCACACAUGUACAUUAUAGGCCUUUUAGCCUUACCGUGUUUCCAUGUGAAAGACCUCAACCCCUGGCAACUACGUUACAAAGGAUCUUUCCAAUUAAAGAUGUACCCCUGGAAACUGAUGACCUUACCACUUGGCUCUAUCAACGGUUUGUUGAAAAAGAAGACCUCUUAUCACAUUUUUAUGAAACAGGAGCUUUUCCACCUUCCAAGGGCCAUAAGGAAGCUGUUUCCAGGGAGAUGACCCUCAGCAACAUGUGGAUAUUUCUCAUACAGUCUUUUGCAUUUUUGUCAGGCUAUAUGUGGUACAACAUCAUUCAGUAUUUUUACCAUUGCCUGUUUUAGGAAUUGACGUGGACUUGUCAAGGUCACCAUAGGAGUUGAGACUUUCUUUCAUAAGUGUGCAUUAUUUUACAUGUGCAAAUCAGAAUAUAUUUAAAAAAAAAAAAAAAAGCAAAAGAAAUUCAAUGGAUGGAUUAGUAUUUAUCCCCCUUUGGGAUAUUUUAAAACUCUACUAAAAUGAGGAUUAGUAAUAUAAUGACCUGCUAAUAUAUUUUAAGAACAUGUUUUAAAAAGAUACACUCUAUCACAUAUUUAAGCAAACAUCACAUUUGGAGAAGAGGAAAUCAUAAAAUCAUCCUAGAAGACUAUCAGAGAAAUUCUGUUGCCACCAGUUACACUUGACAAUUUAGUUGAAGCCCAGAAAGGUAUAUUCAUCCCUCUUACCUGUAGUCUAUAUUAGGGCAGUACUCUAGAACGCCCACAUUUCCACCAACUCAGUAACCUUGAGGGGAGCUGGUUGGCACCUCGCGAAGAACUCUUUCCCUGUCAUUUGCAGUAACAAACUCCAGUCUUCAACAGCUAACUGAGGUACAUUGUUGACAUUCUCUGGGGGAAAAGCAGUGUCCACUGGACCCCUUCUGGUACUGGAUGUGUUCUUUACAAAGGCUAGCUCGAUCCAACACUGUGUUUACAUGCACUCGUGCUUUUCCUUAUCUGAUUUCUCAUUUUGUAUCAGAGGCAUAUCAUAAAUUGGUAAUUUUACAAAAUGGACUUUUUUGAGAUGCAGAUAUAGCAAAGAAUUAGUAAUACAGCCUGAAAACAAAUGGGAGCAUAGCAGUGUGUGAGGUUCUCGAGAACUGUCUUGUCUCUGUGUGUUUAUUUGCCUGCCGAUGCUCUCCAGCACCAUCCUGCCUUGGACAGCACCCUGACGUGAUGCCUCUGUUGCAGCUCAGAGGCUUUAUUUUUUCCAUUUUGACAUUGGCACUAAAUGCAUUUGGGGAUGGUUGGAACAAAUUAAUAUAGAACAUUUAAAUGAUCAGUUUAAGGGGAAAUAGGCUAGUUUAUAGAAAAAUAAGAGCUAGUGGCUUAUAAUGGUGACAGGUUCUCCUGUGGCACCCCAAGGACCUGUGCAGACAGUGGUCUGUUGAAUCAUCACAUCAAGGAGGCUGCCCCUGUCAGGGUGAGUGUAAUUAGGAAAGAGACCAGCACAAAAGGCUCCCCCAAUCUCUUCCAGUUGCUUUUUCUUUUCUUUUUCUUUUUUUUUUAAGACAGAGUCUUACUCUGUCGCCCAGCCUGUAGUGCAGUGGCAUGAUCUCAGCUCACUGCAGUCUCUGCCUCCCGGGUUCGAGCGAUUCUCCUGCCUUAGCCUCCCGAGUGGCUGGGACUACAGACACCCACCAUCGUGCCCUGCUAAUUUUUGAACUUUUAGUAGAGACGGGGUUUCACCGUGUUGGCCAGGCUGACCUCAAACUCCUGAUCUCAGGUGAUCCGCCUGCCUCGGCCUCCCAAAAUGCUAGGAUUACAGGCGUGAGCCACUGCACCCAGCCUCCAGUUGCUUUUGAAGGUAAAGUCAAGUUUCUAUUUCUAGAAAACAUUUUUUAGAAAUACGUUGCUAUGUUUGUACAAUUUACCUCAUAAGAGAACCACACCCUUCUCCAAAAGUGCUGGUACUGCAUCAGUGAGAUGAGUAGGGUUUUUGUUUGGGAUUGUAAGACUAUUAAGAUCCUAGUAAGUCAGUGGUAGUUUACUGUGAUAUGAGCGUUGUAGAUUCCCCCGUUGUCACUAAUCACACAGAUAACAAUUUUGAGAAGUAGGCUAUUAAACAAAAAAAGGUUAAUGUUUUCUAUUUUUAAAUAAACCAAAAACACAGAGAAGAUAUGAGUUUUCCCCAGUUAUGUGGGAAAGGUAAAGCAACACCAAAUAAAAGCCCAGAGCAGCUUCAUAUUUAGGAUAGCUCAGUGCGUAUGUGAAAGAGAAUGAUGCAUUAACUGAAAUACCUCAUUGAAUAUUAUACUACCACUGGUAAAAUGCAGAAGACAGUGUUAAUGUGUUUGGUUUGGGGACUGGUUGUUAUAAAAUGCAAUUUUUUUGAAAUCUAAGCAUUUCAUUAUGUGUUCUACAGUGACAGUGAAUAAGUGAAACCAAUCUCAAUUUAGAGGUAUGGAUGAUGACAGAAAGCCCAGUAGAAGCUUAAUGAUGCUUCUGUUUGAGGCCCAGCAAGCACCACUAAAUUACUGGAUGAAAUGAAAUUGUUCACUUGAGGGAUUAGUCAACCAUCUGGGGGAGAAGUUGCUCACUGUCAAAGACAGCGUGCACAGUCCUAGCUGACAGACCUUUUCCUCAUUGCUACAGCAAGCCACAGGGUAGAGUGACCAGUUCUCCUAUCCAAAAAUAAAUGCGAACAUGCAUACAUAAAUGUGGCUGAGGGCCACUUUUGACAUCACUGUGCUCCAAAGGAACAUGAUAUUGUUAAAUAUACUGUACACAUUAAACUAUCCUAUAAGAUGCUUUACUUUUCAAGUGCAGUAUCAUUUUCACAGUCUCCAGGGUGGCAAAUACCAAUAGAUAUGUGAGUUAAUUUUUGAAAAUAUUUUUGUGAGUUGUAAAUAGAUGUGUAUUUGAUGUGCCCUAUCCCUCUUUGGUUAUUUAACAUGUUCUCUCUCUUCUGUUUGCAAAAUAUGUUUGAAAGCAUUGGUAGUGCUUUCCUUAUCAGUAACUGGAGUUCUUCUGCUUGCACUAGAGAAGGUAAAGAGAGAAUCAGUGUUCUUAUAUGGCAAUUUGGGGAAGCAGCAAUAUGCCACUGUACAAAACUGAAGAAAAAUUCCUAAUUUGUACUUUGUGAAGGGAGAUGAAAGGACGUUUAAAGUGUAUAUAUUUUGUCAAGAGGAAAAAAAAUAAAACUAUGCCAGUUUUAUAUCAGUAGCUUGUAGAAGCUCAGCUCUUCUUGGUCUUGGCUAGACUGCCUAGAUUCCCAGGGCAGACAAGGUUGAGAAUCCAUUACUGGAAUCUUGGUACUGAUGAGUUACAGUGAUUAGAGAUCUGCAUGACCACAGGCAGGUCCAGUCACUACAAAAGUGACCAAGCCAGCAGGUCACCCUUAACUUCAGAAACAAUUAUUGGUGGUGAACUAUACUUAAAUGGCAGAGAGACCUAUAAGUAAUGGAAAGUAAAGAAAAAUUACAGAACGGAAAAUAAUGUGUUGGGUAAGCAAACAAAUUCACUGAGAAUUCCAAAAGUAUAUUAAAAAAGAAGAUAGCUGUGAGUUCAGAUCUAUCAUAUUAGUCUUUAAUAUUACAACCAAUCCUUAACUUUCCACUGUAAAGGAAGGAUUACUAGAUUAAUUAAUUUCUGGAUAGAUAAUCUGGUAAUAAAUGAUAGGUAAAUCAAAAAUUACUUUUAUUUAGGAGUUUGAAUUCUUAUUCUCAUCAGACUCAUUUUUUUUUCUAGGGAUGCUUACUAAUUAAAUGGUUUAAGUUGUUUCUUAGGGUUUUUUUGCCUAUAUAUUUAUGACUGUGUUAAUGAGUAGUGAAAUUAUAUGGAAAGACAAACAGCUAUCAGGAAGAGUAAAUACAGAAGCCUGAAUAAUCUAUGGGUUAGAAAAGCAUCCCUGAAUAAUCAAUAGUUGACAGUAUUGGCAUUGUUCUCAAGCCUUUUUAUGAAAAUGAAAUCUGAAAUCACCAAAUGUAAACCUGGGAGCAUUAUUCGAGCAUUACUGUCUUGGAUUCAUGUUAAGAAUGCCUCUUCAUUCUUUGCUCAUGUUGCUCACUUCUUGUGGAUUUGUCUGAGUGUUUUUUGACAAUCACUUCCCUAAAGACUCUUCUGAACUAGUUGGACCUGGCUAAUCAUACAGAGUAGCCUUUAAUCAUGGAUAGUCUUCUUGGAUUAUUUUUAUAUUUGAAAAGAAAAUGUUUUAUUUGCACUACUGAGUAGGAAGAGUUAAUUGUUUUUUUGUUCUUUUUUUGAAGUCAUUACACAGGACUUUACUUCAGAGUUACCAUUAUGAGUGUGUUCAGCUCUGGUACACAGAGGAUGGAUAAAAAUGGUUUGUUAGGUUCUUUUGCUCUGCAGUGCUAUGAGCCUUGUAUCUGUUAACAUGAAGAACAAAGUCAAAAGCAGCAGUGGGCAGCAGGAAGGGUAGAGACUAAUAUGUUUGGGACCAAAACCAUCUAAGUUAGAGAUUUCCAGAUCACAGAGGGGCUGGGUAUUCUCUGGAGCAGUCAUUGGUUGGUGCUUUAUUGUGAUCAUUUUGCACCACUCCCCAACAAUUAGGAACUGGACCCUGGGAAUAAGCUGAGGGUGCUGAACUGUUGGGGAAGGGUGACUGUAGCCAUAUGGAAGAUAAAAUAUGGGUUUUUCUGCAAAAUUUCCAUCUGAGGGUUUUUACAUUUAAUAUUUUUUUAAGACAGUUUAAAGAGCAAACGUUUUUUAAGUGUAUUCUAGUUGCAAAGUAUGCACACAUAUCUUGAAUGGCUUUAUUUUUAUUGUGUAAAACUGUUGAACACAUGACUGUGAUGCACACAUUCUUUACGUAUAAGGAGUCUAUGCAUUUUACAGUAACUUAUUUUAUGAUUGAGUGAUGAAACAGUUAUACAUUCAACUGCCAUUAUUUUUAUUAAGUGCUUUCAUUUUCUUUACAGUUAUUACAAAAUUGUAUUUAUUUUAUACAGAUGGGUUUUCAUUUUCCUGAUGCUGUAAUGUUUACUUCAGCUUGUUGACCUUUCUUUGUGUUAUCUGCAUGUUGUAACGUGUGAUAAGAAUGAAUGUAAAGGCUGUGGCAACUGUAAUUAAUUUUUGUAAAGGGCUGGUCACACGUGGAUCUGGUUUAUGAAUGCAUUUGGGGUGAUUUUAGUAACCAGAUCACCUUUUCAGAAGUUUAGACAUGAACACCAAAAGAAGCGUUUUCUCAACAAAAAUUAAUAGCUGGUUCUAUUUUUUUUAAACCUAGAAAAAAUAAAGUUGAUUUUUUUCAAGUAAAGUGCUUUUAAUUCUUAGUAGUGGGGAGAGUGCAUGUGUGUUUUACCAGAGCUAUUUGGGCAUUAACAUCUGCAGGCAGGUACUUAAAGCUCACUGUGGCAGUUGGAUGCUGAAAGCAAACUGAAAAACCAAAUGAAAAAACAUCAGACUUCCUUCUUUGGUUUAAAAAUAUUUCCCCCUUUCUCCCCAUUCUCCCAAUCCAGUGGUGUGCUGGUAAAUGUUUAGCAGUCCACUCUUCUGGGAAGAAAUUAUGUAUUCAGCUGUACAUGUUUGUUAUAAAUUUCGCUGAUAGCAAGAACAUACAACACAAUUAACAAAUAAUAAGAUAUAAAUACUUUAUUGUAAAUCCCAUAUAGCCAAUUGAUUCUCACAGUAUACUUGAGAUAUAUAUGUCUCAAGUAUACUGUGUAUAUAUAUGAUUCAAUUUUAAUAACCAGUGCUUAACAACUGCAGGCAAAAUUCUAAAAUGUAACCAUUGGCUCUUGGGAGCCAGUAGGGGCUGUAUCCAGCUCAGGAAAGAACUAAAAUGCUUUUUUUAAAGGAUGCUUAAUUGCUUUUUGCUGAACUACUACAGUCAACCUAUGAUUGAUUGUAUUUCAACCAUGAUUUGAAAAACAGCAGACCGUCCUAAUCUAACUCAUUUUCCAAUGAAUUUAUUGUCAUUCAAUCUGAUACGUGCUCUACUGUUAAAACUGUUUCUUACCAUAGUACAUAUUAGACUUAUUAAGCCGAAACCACUUUUAGCUUUAACAUUGGUUGUAAAUUUAUAUGAUUCAAUUUUAAUAACCAAUGCUUAACAACUGCAGGCAAAAUUCUAAAAUGUAACCAUUGGCUCUUGGGAGCCAGUAGGGGCUGUAUCCAGCACACCACUGCCCCAUCCUUUUUUUCUUAACUAUUAGUGUUGAAUAAACUUCUCAUAGUUAUGUACUUGCUGAACUCAGGAAAUUCCUAUCACUGACCCUGGCAAGGGCUUUAAAGGGUAGGAAAAGCAUUAAUGUCAGUCCUACACAGCGAACUUUUGAUUUUGAAGAAUGUGAUAGAAAGAAAAUGUUUACUGAAAUACAUGGGAAGCUUGCAUAUUUCUAAAGUCAGCUUUAUACUUUCAUUUCUCAAAGCUAAGUAAACUGUGGUAUAGGCAUCUCUAAGAUGUUAGCAUUUAAAACAUCAAUUGUUUAGGUAUUUGUAGACCUUAUUUGAUCCCACUGAAAAUUUUAAAUAUUAAAAUAUCUUGCACAGUCUACCAAAUGAGUUAAAUCGUUAUAGUUGUGUCUACCUCUUAUUUUUCUAUCUGUAUUUAGGCUGCUGUUUUGGUGAGAUUCUAAUUUCUUUUUCCCCUGGAACUACUUUCUGUGGAAGACAAGGAACAGACUGGGGACAGAGGCCUGAAAACAAAUUGGAGGCACUCAGAGAUGUUGCUGACCAGCCCUAUUCCUCAUGAGUUGGCGGAGGGGGAAGCCAUUGUUUUUAAUUUCCACUUAAUAUGAAAAUGCUUGUUUUUAAAAUGUUUUUUCCUGCUGAACAACUGUAUUUUUAAAAGGAAAAAAAUUCUCUUUUGGCUCUAAGAAGUCAGCUGUAUGAGCAGGCGUGACCAUAUCAUAACAUGCUGAUAUGAUAGAAAUCAAUAAAUUUUUACCUCUCAGGA